UUGCAGUCGCAAUGGCGGAGUUGAAGGCGGAGGGGGUUGCGGCGGGCGGUGGACCUCUGCGCCCCCGAAAAUCCUGGACUGAGCUGCUGGCGGGCAGAGUCAAGAAGCAAAAGUAUAAUCCUGAGAGGGAACAGAAAUUAAAGGAAUCCGCUCUGCACCUCCUGAGACAACACCAAAACAUGCAGGACCUUUUGCUAGAGGUAGAAGAUCCACAGUGUAAAAAAUUGUGCCUCAGCAAACUGAUGGAGGGUGACAGACCUGAAGCCACCUCAGAGCGCUCCAGCUCCCUCAUCUGCUUUGCUUUUCAGGAUCAAGCCUCCAGGCUGGGAGUUCCUGUGGGGAUACUGUCUGCCCAAGUGUUUGCUCAGAGCAUGCAGCAGGUCUGCGUGGAGCCCAGCCACCCUCUGCUGCUCAGCCCGCAACAAAGAAAGAAACUGGCAUCUUCAUUAGAGGUUGCUCAGCAUUUGUUGGCACACAAUAUGUUCUCCCGUCUCACCUUCUGUCAAGAGUUAUGGAAAGCACAGAAUUCUUUGUUGCUUGAAGCUGUGUGGUGUCUUCACAGGCAUGGCGUUGUGAGCCUGCAAGAGCUACUGCAAAGCCACCCUGACAUGGAGGCCAUGACCACGUGGCUCUUCAGAAACCUGUGCUGUCUGUGUGAGCAGACAGAGGCACCCUGCCCAUCCCCUGACAUUACAGAAGCCAUGCUUGCUGGUUUUGUGCAACUGUUGAUUUCAAGGGCAUUUCAGGAAAGCUUGGAUCCAAAGAGACCUGUGGAGGCUGAAAAGAUGCCCCAGGUUGCCACUGUCGUGCUGCAGAGAAUGCUGACUUUUGCCCUUGAUACCCUGGAUGCUGAUCCACAGGCCACUCCGGAUUACCAGGCAGCGAGGGGCUGGUUUGGUGUGUACUCUGGACAUCGGUGCUGUGGUGUGACAGCCGUGGAUUCCCUGAAGCAGUUCUUUAGUUCCACUCUCACUCAGAUUCUGACCUACAAGCCUGUGCUGAAAGUGUCAGACGCCAUGCAAAUGCAGAAAGAGUGGAGCUUUGCAAAGACACAGCCGCUGCUCACCAUGCUGUACUGCAGGGUUUUUGUGGCGCUGGGUCUGGAGGAGUCAGUUGGCUGUUUACAGGAAGUCCUGGAGCUUCAGGAGGUUAACUGGCGGCAUGUGCUCUCCUGUGUGUCCACACUGGUCGUCUGCUUUCCUGAGGCGAAGCAGCUGGUGAAAGAUUGGGUUGCCUGUUUGAUGGCCCGGGCCUUUGAGAGCUACCGCCUAGACUGCAUGGUUACUGCAUUCCUGGUUGUGCGCCAGGCCACUCUGGAGGGCCCCUUUGUCUUCCCGUCCUACACAGACUGGUUCAAGGAGUCCUUUGGGAGCGCCUCUGGCUACCACAGCUGCAGCAAGAAGACGCUGGUCUUCCUCUUUAAAUUCCUGUCUGACCUCGUGCCCUGGGAACCUGCUCGGUACAUGCAGGUGCACAUUUUCCACCCGCCCCUGGUCCCACGCAAGUACCAUGUCCUGCUUACAGACUACAUCUCGCUGGCCAAGACAAGGCUCGCUGACCUCAAGGUUUCCCUGGAGAACAUGGGACUGUAUGAGGAUCUGUCCUCCGCUGGGGACAUCGCAGAGCCUCAGAGCCAAGCGAUCCAGGACGUUGAGAAGGCCAUCGUGGUGUUUGAACAAACAGGGAAAAUCCCAAUGCCUGUCAUGGAGGCCAGUAUAUUCAGGAGGCCCUACUUCCUGUCCCACUUCCUCCCCACGCUACUCGCACCGAGAGUGCUCCCGGAGGUUCCUGACUCUCGAGUGGCCUUUAUAGAGACCCUGAAGAGAGCAGAUAAGAUUCCGUCCUCAGUAUAUGAAGCGUAUCGCCAAGCCUGUGCAACGGCCGAGCAGAAGCAGCCUGAAGGUGCCGCCUCAGGAAAAAGAAGAGACCCUGACUGUGCCAACCAGCCCCUGGGACUGCUCACGGCAGCGCUCGAAGAGCUGAGAGCCUUAAUGACAGACCCCACCCAAUACAGUGUCAUAUCUGCUCAGGUGGCUGUGGUUUCGGAAAGACUAAGUGCUGCUUUGGGACACAGCACCAGUGAUGGCAGCCUCCGGAGGUCAAAGAUUCAGCUCAGUGUCCUUACUCCCACACUCCAGAGACAGGACGAGGCGGUGGUGGAUCUCCUGCUCACGGCCUUCUGUCAGAACCUAAUGGCAGCCUCUAGCUUUGUGUCCCCAGAGAGGCAGAGCCCCUGGGCUGCCCUUUUCGUGAGGACGCUUUGUGGACACACGCUUUUCCCUGCAGUACUCACUCGGCUCUGCCAGCUGCUCUAUCACCAGGGCCCAAGCCUGAGUGCCACUCAUGUCCUGGGGUUGGCAGCUCUUGCCGUCCAUCUGGGCGAGGCCAGGUCUGUGCUUCCAGAGGUGAAUCCAGGUGUCCACGCUUCUGCCGGCAGCCUCUGUGUCCCUGAGUUCUUGAGCAGCCUUCUGACCUGCCGCACAAGGGAGUCCCUGCUAUUUUGCCUGAGAUUCUGUACAGCAGCAAUUUCUUACUGUUUAUGCAAGUUCUCUGAACAUCCCUGUGCUUCUUUGCACAAGUACUUAUCUCCAGGCCUGAUCAAGAAGUUUCAGUUCGUUAUGUUAAGACUGUUCUUGGAAGCCAGAGAGCCUUGUCCUACCAAGUGCACAGCAGCGCAUGUCCCCUGGAGACCCUUGUACCUCCCUUCUGCAGACUGGCAGAGUGCUGCUCUCGCUCUGUGGAGAUGGAGCAGCUUCCAAGAGCUGCUGAAGGAGAACAAGUUUUAUCAGUUAACGUACAAAGAUUGGAUACAGCUGGAGUUGGAAAUUCAGCCUGAAGCUGAUGUUCUUUCAGACACUGAGAGGCAGGACUUCCACCAGUGGGCAAUCUACGAGCACUACUUCCCGGCACCAGCCGCCUCGGGAGGCUGCGGUGGAGACCUGGAACUGGCAUGCACAGUCCUUGUCAGCGAGCUGAUGGAUUUCCACCAGAGCUCAAGGAGUUACGAGCACUCAGAGCACUCUGACUUGGUUCGUGGAGGCCGCAGGGGAAAUGAGGCUCUCCUUUCUCGGCUGCAGGAGAUGACUGUGGACCUGGAGUUGGACCCAGGGUCCUCUGUGCCCUCCGGCUGUUCGGCUUCUCAGAGUCACUUUCUCUUCCGGGUGUUCCGAAGCCGGCUGCAAGCUCUGGCAAGGGCAGACAGCAUGGCUGCUCGCCUUCAGAGACAGCAAGAGCUGCUCCUGUGCAAACGGCUUCUCCUCCGCCUGCCUCCGUCUGUCCUCGUGGGCAACCCCCAGACCAGACAGCCCUUGUCCCGCAGCUGUGAGGAGUUCUUCGACCUGGUCAACUCCGAGUUGAAAAACUUUUGCUGCCAUGGCAGUGUCCUGACCCAUGACGUUACCAUCCACUUCUUCAGGGGGCUCCUUAAUGUGUGUUUUCGAAGUCAAGACCCAGCAUUGGUGGCCAACCUAAUCCUGAAAGAGUGCCAGACGGAAUGUCCCCUGAUUCUGACUUCAGCACUGUUGUGGUGGUCCAGCCUCCAGCCGCUGUUGUGUGGUUGGUGGAGGAAAUGUUACCAGAGCACACUACCUCAAGAGCUACAGAGGCUACAGGAAGCCCGGGAGUUUGCUAGCAAUCUCCUCAGUGCCUCAGCAUCUUCAGCGCCCAGCCCAGCCUGGGUCUCAGCUGCUGCACUGCACUUUGCAACUAGAGAAGUUUCGGAGGAAAAUAUCAAGACACAUCUGAGAAGGCUGGACUGCGAAGGAGAGGAGCUGCUGAUCUCCUUCCUCUUCUUUUCCUUGAUGGGCCUACUCUCAUCCUACCUGAUGCAAGGGGACACUGCCGAGUAUCUGAAGGCUGUGGACAUCUGUGGUGAGGUCCUCGUGUGCUUGGAAAGAAGGAAGGUGUCCUGGCUGAUGCUCUUCCAGUUGACGGAGACAGAUGCUGGACUGGGGCAUCUCCUUCGCUUGGCCCCGGAGCAGCACACCAGGCUGUUACCAGUUGCUUUCUACAGUCUUCUCUCCCACUUCAAUCAAGAUGCCACUAGGAAGGAAGAGGCUUUCCUGCGUGUUGCUGUCGACAUGUACCUCAAGCUGGUGCAGCUCGUUGUGGAUGGGGAAACCAGGAUUGCAUCACCUCAGGCCAGCAAAAGCUUAAAGCUCCAAGGCCCAUCAUUGCUCCAAGGCGGCCCUGUACAACUGGUCACAGAGGCACGUAUUUUUCUGCUGCAGCUGAUACCUCAGUGCUCUAAACAUUGCUUCUCCAACAUGACAGAGCUACUGGCUGGCCGAGAAGACUGUGACCCUGAAGUGAGCAACGCCCUCCUGCAAAGGCAGCAGGCUGGCCCCAGCUUUGAUCUCUACCAGGAGCCUCGUCUGUUCUGACUGCACCAGCCGG